AUGCUGUCCAAGAAGAAGGCGGCCAAGCGGUCAGCCAUCAGCGCCACCGUGCGCAGGGAACACCAGGCGCAUGAGAAGCUAAGUCAGCAGAACGCGCAGCUGCACACGCCACACAAGAAGACUGCGGAGGCAUCAGCGUCCUCAAGAGGCGCGGACAACUUUGUCAAUCCCAAGAAGAGUCGCACAGUUCUGAGCAGCGCCGAUGCAGCGGAGGCGGUGGGCAGCGGCAACGGCAGCCGGGCGGCUAUGAUCCGCAGCCUCGGGGACCACAUAAACACGCGCCUGCAGGAAGUGGCAUUCGAGGACGAUCUCGACGGUGACGUCUUUCACGAGCGCCGGGCGCAGUUGAUGGAGGAGGCGCGGCUGGCGGCUGGCGUCAAGCAGCGCGACAUGUCCACCUCCGUGCGGCACUACCUCGGCCACCAAGCGGAGAUGCACGACCUGCACUCGGUGCGGAUUGCCCACAACUGCAACUCUGUUACGUGUGUGGCGGCCCUCGGUACAGACCGCAUCGUGUAUGGUGACAAGUCCGGAAAGGUGUAUCUCGUAGACAUAUCCCUCGCAACCAGCGGGGCUGGCAUGUCAGUCUCUGACAAGGCGGAGCUGCAGCGGCGGCGCAAGGUGCUUCUAGAGCCGGUACUGCCAUCCGGCAUCGUCUCGAUAGCCGUCAGUGACACGACAGCGAACCGCCCCACGGCGCGCGAUGUCUUCGAAAAGACAACGGUGGACAUGUCGUGCCCGUCGUACGUGGCAGCUGGGGCCAUGGACGGGUCUAUCAGUGUGUGGGAAACUCUCACCAAGGCACACAAGGGACUUCUCUUUAUGCACCGUAAGCCGAUCACCGGACUGCAGUUCCGCAUGGACACCGCCACCCUCUACUCCAGCUGCGAGGACGGCACGCUGCGGGUGUGGGCCGUGCCGCAGAUGAUCGCCGUCGACAAGCUUUUCGGUCACGAAGGACCCGCCCAUUUCCUGGAUUGCCUGCGCAAGGAGACGGCGGUGACAGUCGGCGAGGACGGCACGAUGCGCUUCUGGAAGAUGGACGCGGCCACGCAGCAGGCGUACAACUACGCGCCGGCCCGGCUGCCGGAGAAGAGCUUCACCUCGGACGCCGCCGCCUCGCCGCCGCCGCCUCCCGCCGUGGUUAUGGACACAGUGGCGAUGCUUAAUGAGAGCAUCAUCGUGGCGGGUGCGAGGGACGGCGCCGUCGUGGUCUUCGACGUGAACCGUCGCAAGCCCCUUGUCGUCGUUCCAGCAGCGCACGGCUACGGCUUCAUCGGCGACGGCACGGGGCUGGAAAAGGCAGCAGCGCAGCUCGCGGAGGAGGACAAUGGCGAUCGAGUGGCACGUGAGCACGCGACGGCGUCGUCGUCCGGCACCGUCGAGGCGCAGCGGCGUAAUCCGAACCCCAUCAUCGCCGUGGCCGCCGUGCCAUAUGCCGAUGUAGUAGCCACCGGCAGCUACGACGGAGUGGUACGCGUGUGGCACGUUGUCGGCGUUGGCGCCGGGGCCACGGCGCCGGGGAAGCGCACAGAUGACGGCCAAAACGGCGACGCGGCGCCUCCAUCCGGGAAGUGGACGGAGCCGCAACUGGUGCUAGUCACAGAGCUGCCUGUUCGAGCCAUUGUCAACUCGCUUCGCUUCUGCGGCAACGGCGAUGUGCUCCUCAUUGCCGUGGCGAAGGAGCCUCGGCGUGGUCGGUGGGUCGUGCAGUCGAGUGCGCGCAACGGCGUUUUGCUGGUGCCGCUUACCGAGUCAGGGCGCAAGAAGCUACAGGGAGUGCGCGGGGAAGUGGAGCACAUCCCUGCGCAGCUCUUCGGCAUCGACGAUGCCGCCGCCGAGGAAGACGCCGCUGGGGAAGAAGCGCACGUGAACGAGGCAGACGCUUCCGAAGCGGAUCUCGACUCGAGCGGAGAGCUGGACGCGAGCGACGGCGCGGACGGCGCUGGUCGCGAGGACGCAGAGGAUGUCGCAGACAUGUUUGACGUCGGCCCAGACGGCAUGAUGCGCUUCAGAGAGGGCGUGUCCCUCGCUGGUGGGGCUGCCAUCACCUCAAAGAAGAGGAAAAAGGGGAAGAGUGGCAUGCCCAAAGUGCUUCGGCAGAGCAAGGAGCUCUCCGACGUGACCGUGGCGCGCGACUCCGGCAGCGCCAAGAUGAAGAAGGCGCUGUCGGCAAAGAAGGUCAAGCGCGUCGAGGCCAAGAGCAAGAAGCUUCAUGCGUCCAACACUGUUGUGGCAACAUCCAAGAAGGCGAUGAAGCGGGCGAAGGCGUGA